GAGGGGUCUGAUCAGUGUUGCUGAAGUGAUCAGUUACUACUGUUGUUAAUGUAAUCUUGGUGACCAAGGUCUUGUUUUCACUAUGAGAAGCAAAUCAGGUGGUAUAGAUUGGUUGCAGCAGACAAUGCAAAUUAUGAUUCUUUUUCCUUGUUGGAUUUUUUCAAUUCUGUUGAAUGUGUAAUUACAACUAUGGCAACAAGAGUAGAAAUAAAUUCUACUUUGGCGUCUUUGACGACAGUACCUGACUUAAAUGAAAUCAGAAAUGAGGAUAAAUCACAGCGUGUGUAUGUAAGUGUACUUCCAGAUGCAAGUAACAAGGCUAAGGAGGCUUCAGCGUCAUUAACUCUUGAUGAGAAGGACAAAUUUGGGAGUACUUUGAGAUCUGCAACAAUGCCGUCGCUAGGAUCAAGGCCAAGACUUUUCCCAAAGCCUUUUUCUAAAGAUAAAUCUUCAGAUACUUUUGCAAAUGUAAAACCACCAAUUCCAGCUUUCAGAUCAAGUAGUCUUAUUAGAAAGGCCACUGAAGAAACAUCAUCUGUUAAGAUAUUAAGUGGAAACAUUCCUCCGUUAGUAGAUCAGAAAGUAAUUGAAAAUGAAAAUAAGGCUGGCAGCGAAGUAGUCACAAACAUGACUUUCUAUGCUGGUCCCAGUGCGAAUACUGUCAUUCUUUUUGAGACAGCAGGCACAGAGCAAUCAAAGGUAAGCCUGGCCCAAAAAACCAGGGCUGCCGAUGACCGCAGAGUAUUUAGUACUACGCAAACAAAAGAGCUUCAGUGCAAUAUGAAGCUGGAGGAACCAUCUCAGCCAUCUGAAACAUCCAGGAAUCCUGAAGGGUCUCUUCACAGGCAGAUAUUGCUUUCCUCCAGUCUUGGACCAGUCUCUUGGAACUCCCUCAAAAGUGGUGAAAAAAAAGAUGCUCAUGAAGUUCAUCCAGUGGAGAAAAACGAUGAUGCAAAUAGCAUCAACAGUAAAGUUGAUUUCUCUAUUGAUGUACAGCAAAGGCCAAAACAUAGACCAGUAUCUGCUAUUUUUCUGGAAUCAUUACGAGAUCAAAAGCAUCGCACUGGGGAAGCUUCUGAGGAAAAAUCUCCUACAGAGAAAUCUUGGAUUAGAAAACCAAGACCUUUGUCCAUGGACCUGACAGCUAAGUUUGAACAUAAAGAUCUUUCUUGCAAGAAGACUUGUUCAUCUCAAGAAAGCAAGGAGAAUGUACCAAUAAUUUCUUUUACUGAUGUGGACUGUCACGAUCAGUCUGAAAUGGGGCCAAAAAGUGAAGAAACAGAAUUUAAUAAAGGCAAUUCUUCUAAAACAAAUUUGAAGUACAGUACUCAGGACAUUGGCAUCCUAAAUAAUGGAAAAUACAUAUGGGAAACGAAGCUUAAAUCUAAAAGUGAACAAAUUGAGGCAAAACCAGAAAUACUAACUAACUUGCACGGUUCUGAAAGAAGCCAUGAAACCACUAGUGAAAGCAGAAUUAAUCAGGGGGGGAAAAGACCGGAUCAAAAGGAAACAUAUAUGUUUCUAGGCUGUGAAAGCCCUGCAGCUUCCUCAGAAAAAGAGAAUAAUAUCACACGAGGUAGUGUUAAAAAACACAUUAGUUUGUUUACUUCAGAAAAUGCCAGUACCUCAAUGGAUACAGAGUUGCUCCAGUCAACUGCUGAGAGGGAAGACAGAUGUGUGAACAUCCAGCAGAGAAUCAAAGAACUGACAACGGAAAACAGUGAUGUUAAGCCAGGAAAUCUGCGCAGGUCACUUCAAUCACGACCGCUUUCUGCAGACUUAACGAAGAUGUUUUCAAGUCCAACAUCAAGCAGUGAAGCAAAGCCUGAGAAACCUGCUGAAACUAGAAAGGACUCUAUCAAUGAAAUGCAAGAAAAUCAAACAAGUAAGGAGAUCAAGGUUGCACAUGGCACAGAUUUCGCUGAAGGACAUGCUACUGGGAACCCUUGGAAACCCCGGCAGAUUUUAAAAAUAACAAAUAAACCUGAUCAGAUAGAGAGGAAAGGAAGCUUCCUUGGAGAUGGUCAGCAUUUUUCUCAGCAAAGUGAAAAUCCUGUCUCAUUCACAAGCAACUUGGAAAAAAAAUUAAAACCAACCACACUUAUGGAAAAGACCUAUGUUAAAACUGUCCGAGCCACCAUGUUUGACCAUAAUGUUCAGAGGCAUAACAUUGCUGCUGAUCAUCCUGGCACUGAUUCUACACUGAAAAUGAAUAAUGAGCUUGAAGCAAAGCAUGAUGUGGUAACUUUGGGGCACAGCAGACGAUCGUGGAUGGGAGAAGUGGAGGAAACCACUAGUAUAAAGGAGUAUCACAAACAAUCUGAUUCAUCAAAACAUAUAGCAGAUGUAGAAAAAAGUGGAAAACCAGCUUAUUCAAGUGAAGAUAAGAAAAUGACUCCGGGAUUUCUCUUAGAAAAAUCUUUGGUUGAGAAAAGUGAAAAACCCACUCCUAAAAAUGCAGAAGACUCUCUAAUUUACCAAAGAAUAGAGCCGAGAUAUGAAAUCUUCCAGACAUGUGGUGAAAGAGCCCUUAGUGAAGCCAUUACAAUGGCUCCUGAAAAAAAGGCCAUGACGCUCAGAACUAGAAAAUCAUCUGUAAAAGAGAAUAAAAACAAUGAAGAUGUUUUACACACUGGUCAGAUGGCUAGGGCAAAUGGUAAAACUCUCUACAUGAAAGAAGAUAACGUUAUUACAGAAGCUAGAGACACAAAGGUUUUUACAAGCAAGUCUGUGUUGAGAGACCCUAAUGACUUUUUCUCCAGUGAAUGCACUUUACCUGAACAGAAAAAAGACUCUGAUAAAACUGAAACUGAUCUGAUAUUAAUAGCUGAGAAAACACCUUAUUCUACAAACAAAAGUAGAUGUUUGGGAAUAAAUGAAAAAGUAAACCAACUACACUCUGAAAUUAAAAAUAAAACUGAAGUGUCUUCCAUGGAUAAAACAGAGAGGUCUGAUAUGAUGAAAUGCUUGUCUGACAAAAGGAGUUUUAGACCAGGUGGGACAGACAGCUAUGAAUUCAGAACGAACUUUGAUCAUGAUGUUACUUCAACAAGUGUAAAUAAACACGGGGCCCAGUCAUCUUCAGUGCUUUCAAGUGGACAAUUUUGUAAAUCUUCCAGUAGCUACCAUCCUGAUACUAAAGUACUAACCAUUAAUAAAGAGGAAUCUAGGGCCUUUGGUUUAAGAAAAAGCCUAGACUUAAAUUGCAAAGAACAAGACUUUAACUUAGAUAGUACAGCUCGUGAAAACAGUGAAAAAAUCAGAGUAAUAGAUCCAGAAGAAAAAGUCAGGAGAAGCAAAAGUAGCGUUUCUGACUUGAAGAUUUCUGAAAGGUGGAGAAGGAGGACCUUGCCUCAGGAUUCUCUCAAGACAGAAGAAGUUGUCUGGCUUACUCCUGAAAAUAUCAAAAGGCUGAGUCGUACAGAUUCAUUGCAAUUGGAUGAAGGCUCAGUUAAAAAGAGAAGCAAAAAAAGUAAAGAAGGGGUGGAAGGGAACGAGGCAAACCAAACUGUUCUUGGCAGUCCUGAUAUUUACGUGAAAAAUCAGAGUUCUGCCUUUGAGCCAAAGGCAACUUAUUUUGCAGUGACUUAUCAGAUUCCUGGUAACAAAAAAGAGAAAAGCUUUGUUGGCAAUCCUAGUGCCAGUGAAACUAAUACAAUUUCUAGCUCAAGUGAAGGAGCGACAAUUAAUCUAGACCCUGUUUUUCCUGGAAGGUCCAAACCUUUAUUGCAGCAACCAAAUAAAAAUUUAAUGAGUACAAACUGUAGAGAAGACUCCUGGGAAGUGCCUAUUAACAAGGAUUGGGUCAAGGAAGAGGGCAAAGAUGAUAUUUUCUCCAAAAAUAUUGCAUCUGGUAAUUUUCAUGUAUCCAGGAAAGAUAACCAGCAGUAUCAUGGAAGAGUAUCAGAUCAUUCUAAAGAGAAGAUUAUAGAUGUUGAUGCUUUCCUGUUAAAACAGGAUCUGGAAAAUACAGCUCAAACUGAUAUCACAAGUAGCAGAAGAACGUUCUCUUAUCAUGAGCCCAGAUCCCCCCUGCGUUUUGGACAGUUCCAUAAAGACAGUGAACUAGUCCCCCAGAAAAGGAGUGAAAAUAAUUAUGAUUUAUCUGGGAGGAAGGCUGAGGAUGGUUACAGAUCCCAAAUUCUCGAUAUUGAUGCGCUUAUGGCAGAAUAUAAAGACGAGUCGGUGAAGGCCAGUAAUGUUCAAGAUAAGCUCUCUGAAGAUUACAGUUCAUUUAGUAGGGAGAAAUCAAAGAACAAAAGAAAUGCGUCAGAUAGGAUGACCUCUUCCUAUAGCUGGAAAGAGCGGAAGGGAUCAGAUCGCUAUUCUGUUAAUAACAAACAAGGUGACUGUGCAGAAGAGUACCAGAGAUCAGAGAAAUUAACUCUAAAUGAAAAGAGCAAAGAGAAACUGGAAUCACAUAGCCCUGAAUUUGAUAAACAAAAGUCCAAAGACAGAAAGAUCAGCCCUCCUUACUGGGGAAAUCCCAGCAGCUUUUUUUCAGAUAAGUUUGUAAAUUCACCCGUAGAUUUCACUAGGAAGAAAACUUUCAUUGUCGAUGAGGAUGAAGAAGUGAACUUGACUUCCAGGAAUCGAAGUUCAAAAUUUGUAAUUGAUAAGGUACAGCCUCUAAAUGUAAUUGGUACAGUGGAAGUUAAUUUUGCUUCCAAGCUAUCCAUAAAGGCAGAUGAUGGCCUCUUACAGAAGAAGUUGGUCACCAAAGAACAAUUUUUGGAGGCGUCGCCAGAAGGUGACUGGAGCAAAAAUGUAGCAAGGAGCUCUUUAACAAGGAACAAAGACAAUGCGAAUAAGACGACACGUGAGAACGACUCUUCCAAUGUGAAAAGUAAAACUGAUUGGAAGAGCUAUACAUCUGGUUUAGGAAGCGCACCCCCAGAUUUAAGACGAUCCUAUUCAGAAAAGAUCCGCCAGGGAAGAGACAAUCUACCGCUCAUGCAAGAAGACAAGGGAAGAAAGGAUCUGUACCGAUCCAGGCAGAGCUUCCCAUUGGAAACUGCGGAUAGUGGGUGGAAACACAAGUUGUCAUCUCAGUCAGUCUCAUUCUUCCAUGAGGAUAAAAAGGUUUCUAGGAAAGAGUGGACCAAGCAGAGCUCUGACAAACCAGAUGUAACAGAGUUUUCAUUGGUUUCUACUCAGAGAAGCCACCACAGUUUUCAUAAGGACAGAAGGGCAGAUAAUGGGACGGAUCAGCUGAAGCAGUGCUUCUCCAGGCAGCCCCCAGGAGUGAAGGACACAGACACGCUCGUGCAGGAGCCCGACAGCCAGUACGGCACCUGGAAUGAGCAGCGGCACAGUGGGGACAGCUUUGUUCCUGAAUCUCCUUCCUUGGAAAAUGAUGUCAUUUCAACGAGAAAGCAACCUCCAAAUAGCCACCCAUCUUCACUGUCCUCUCAAACGGAACCUGCCUCCCUGGUUGAUCACCAUGACUUCUCAAAAGACCAAAGGAGCACAAGUUUGGACCGUUCCAGCACUGACAUGGAUUCUACUGAUGGGACUGAUUUACCUCCUCCAGGAGACACCUACCCUGAUGAAAAGACCACUGACUUCUCUUUCAUUGAUCAAACCACUAUUCUGGACUCCAGUGCGCUGAAAACUCGUGCACAACUCAGCAAAAAGAGACGCCAUCGGGCUCCUAUUUCCCACUCUCUUAGAAGAAGCAGAGGGCUGGAGUUUGAAAACAGAUUUUCUUCGAUGGAAGAACCAGAUAAUACCUGGAUGUUUAAAGAUUCCACAGAAGAGAAGAAAACUAUGCAACAGGAAGAUUCUGAUGAGGAAGACAAGAUACAGCAUACUGUGAGAUCGUCUUCUGUACAAGCUCAGAGACUUCCUGUAUUUCCAGGAAUGGACCACUCUGUUCUCAAGGCCCAGCUGCGGAAAAGACAAGAGUCUGAAAGUCUUGGUGAAAUCAGUUCUGCUCAGCUGUUCAAAUCCCCUAAACCACAACUGCAGCUUGGAACUCCCGGUAGCAGAGUGCUGCCCUCCAGUGUAGAGAAGGAGGACAGGUUAGAAGAAAAGUCUCCUCAGUGGCUGAAGGAGCUGAAAUCAAGGAAGAGACAGAGCCAUUAUGAGAAUCAGGUUUGAAAAGAUAGUGAUUCUAACUAGAAGAAGCUAAAGAAGUUUAACAGAAGCCUUAAUUCAUCUGAACCUAAAAUUCACAUGUCAUGUUGCUGCUGUUUGCUUCCUGCCUCAACUGCUAUGUGCAUGGUGCCUUCCUGUUUUGUGGAGAAAGCUGCUUAAUAUUCAUAGUCAAAUACAAAGCUGUAUCUUUUCAGAUACGGGAGGAUAGUCACCUUAGACCUGCCUGGAAGAGGAACCGGUGGUUCGUAGUUAGUACUUCAGAAAGUCUUGAAAGAUUGUAAUGUUUGAUCUAGGAGAGCUGUGCCCCAGAAAAGUCCCCUCACCGUUGAACAAAGACUACAUUUCUACGUAGGUGUUCGGCAGCUCCGAAGUAUGACUUCUGGUAGACGUGUCGGGUGUAAGGCUGAGCUUUGUGUUUGUUUAUGAAAAUAACAAUUCUAAUCAAAUUUAUCUCUUUUUUUUUUUGUGAAAAAAUAGUAAGCUCCUACUUAGAAUGAAGUUUGUGGGAAGUGAGAGUGAAAGAACAAAUUAUGUUUACUGCCAUAUUGAAAAUGGAAACUUGAUUAUUUUUUGUAUAAUGUAUUUUUGAUUGGCUUAUAUUUACAUGUGAUCUGCUGACCUAGCAGAUUAAUAUAAUUUUUAGAUGAACAAAAUGUUAACUUUUGUCACUCUUUAAAUGGUAUAUUCUGUGUUUUGUCAGCAUGUGGAACAAUUGCUUCAUUGGAAUGUCUUUCCUAACAAGGAUCAAGCAAUAAUGUCAACCAGUUCUCUUUAAAAAAAAAAAAAGUAAAAAAAAAAAAGUAAAUACUGUUUUUAUAACAAAAAAAAAGGAAGGGAAGAGGGAGGAUGUUACUCAUAUCAGGGUUCCAGUUAAUUGUUGAAUGUCACUUUAAUAGCAGUUUGGAUAGUCCCACUUCAUAUUUUUAUUCAUUAAUCUGUAAAUACCAGGUUUAAGUUUUUAUUUUUAUGCUGAUUUUGUGGGAUAACCUAAAUGUGAUCUUCAGUUUCUCAGAUGAUUUACUUUUCUUCUUUUGUUAAGACCGACGUUAUAAUAUAGUAUAGAUAUCUCAUGCAUAACACGGGUGUUAAGAAUAUCACUAAUAUCUCAAAUAUGUUAAUAUCUUUGAAUACAGAUUCUGAAAUCAACGAAUAUGUCCGUUUAAGACAUACUUUAUUCUUUCCCCAAAUAAGUGCUCUUUUCAGUAAACUUUAAAAAUGUAGCCCAAUGAGGAAGGUUAUUCUGUCGUGACAGUGUUCUUCUCGACUCAACUAAGAAAGCAGCAACAUGGAAAACCAAGGGAGGCGGGAGCGCUCUCCCCGCGGGUGCCCUCCUGCAGCGCCGGCGGCCCUAAAGCCGCCUGGGGCAGGACGGGAGCAGAUGCCGCUCCUUGCAUUGCGCUUCCCGUGUCCUGCUGACGGGCUUCUUUAGAUAUUAAAGCACCAGCACUUGAACUAAUUUUCCUUUUUUGUUGUUGGUUUUUUUGGUGUUUUUUUUUUUUUUUAAUUACAAUCAGCGUUUUGCAAAGCUUGAUUUACGUGGGGUUACCACAACGGUGCAUCUGCUAGCCGGAGUGGCAUGCCUGGUCUGCUGUCUAUCAAGCUUGUAGCUGCCAAAACCAUGUGCCAAUUCCUCUCAUGGAGGAGUCACAGACGAGGUGAUUUUUAGUCCCAGUCUGCUCAUAGGAAAUAACAGCAGUAUGUCAGGAGACAAGUCCCAUAUGCGCAUCUCUCUCUCCCAGAUUUAGUUCCGAUAGCUCCCUGUACUUAAUGGAGAUGAAAUGAAUACGUUUCUCUUAUGUAAAAAAACUUUACUUGCUGCUUUGCCCUAUUUCACAUCAGAGCUGUUGCCACCGUUACAGUUUUACAGCACCUUCUGAUACCAGUUAAGAAAUGAUCACCCAAGAUUUUGACCCUGGGCGAUGGGAGGUAGCUUCCAUUUGAAGGCGGUUCACCGCUAUUAAAGAGCUACUCCUAGCCUAUUUUAAAAUGUUGCGCGUAUUUUCUUCCCUCUUCUUUAGAUGAUGGCAGAAAAGGCGGCUCUCUAAGAUAAGCUUUGCAUACGUAUCUCUUGGGAUACUUCUUUAAUGGCAGCACUCCAGGGUACCAUCAGUUACCACGUGCGAGACGCGCGCUGUGGUCAGCCCUGGGCAGCAGUGUUUGUAGGCGCGAGAGGAGAAUUGCGAUUGCUUUUCUUACUCAGAUGAAGUGGGGCUUACUUUAAACAGUAUCUGAAAAUCAGGUAAAUUCCCCUCACGAGAAUAUUUACACAGGCUUGAUUUUCAAAUUCAGCGGGUUGACAGUGUUGCGUUACCAAUAGUUGGAGGAUUUACUGGUUCUUGGUCUAAUAAAUGAAGGCCAGAAAUUCUGUAACUGCGGUGUUUGCUCUGUCUUUGAGGAAACUGAGGGGAUUAGUACUAGGUUUCCACAAAGCCCUUUGAAUGUGUAUGCAUUUCCACGUCUGCUUGGACAAUGCACUGAAACUUACUGUAUUUAGUAGUUUAACCUACUACUGAGAAAUAUUUAAUGCUUAAAUGUCUAACUAAAAAGCAUCUUUAGAGUGUUGUUGAAUGGGAAAGUGUUUUUUCUGCUCUGUCACUUCUUUAUAUUGUACAUGGAUUAAAUAUCUAUUUCUUUCUCUUCAGGUUAUCACUAUGUAAUAAAAGAUCUAUAAAUAUGUAUUUACUUCUUAAAUGAUAGAACAUACUGUAAUACACUUUAUACAAUUCUAUUUUAAUUCCAAAUAAUGCUUGUUGAAUUUUUUUUAUGCUUUUACUUUUGUUGCCACGUACUUUUUUUUGCUGUUAAUACGAGACGGGAGUGAGCUCUUAGCUUCAGCACUUCCUUCAGGUAUGUUUUUCAUUGAUUACCUGCCGUAGAGCAGGUUUCAGCUCUUGCCCUAACGGUGUCUGAGUAAUAACAAACGCGAUGGAGACCGCGGAGUGCGGUGCCCUCGUCCGUUCCUCUCCAGCUGCUCAGCUUUGUGUGCUGAUUUAAAAGGCUGCAUCAGUAGAGAAGUGUUUUAUAAAAGUGAAAGUACAUGGUUUGUGGGAUUUAGAAAUACUUCUUUUCUGAUUGCACUUUUCUCUCGUUAUUACCAGAAAUCCUCCCUCCGUUUUAGUUUGUCAUUUGGGGAUUCCACUGCUGCUCUGUUUCUUUUGAUUUGGAAUCCCCAGUUGUGGAUUUCUUCCUUUUUAUUUUUUUGGUUGCAAAUUCACCUCUUUAAGGUCUGUGAGGCUUUAAUUUGAGUUCUUGAGUUUGAGUAGCUGUUCGGAGUCUUGCUGCUUUGGUUUUACUUCCUGCAGAGAAAGGUGCAGCGUUUCUGUUCUUCAGCCUUUGAAGUCUGAAACGUUUUGAUAAAGUGGCCCUAUAGGAAUUAACCCCCACCUUUUUGCUUGCACAGAAGUUUGCUUUACCCUUUUGUUUGUUUGCAGACAGUUAUUCGCCAACUGUUAAAUGCACUGUGUGUCAGACUUAUCGAUGCAAACUGUUAAUCGUCCCAUUUAAUCUGGAGCAGCAGCAUCAGUUCGUUUAUAACCUUUAGUUCUUGCGCAAACACACUGAAAUAUGCCUCCUGUCUUAGGUAUUUAACUGAGGAUGUGGUUUGAUGUCAAGGUGUUAACUGGAGAGCUGAUAUACCAAAGCAGCUUAGUGGGGAUCAGGGUAGUUCUAAGACAAAUAUCACAUAAAAAGUUUAAAAUGCAGUGCUUUAAAAGUCCGUGCCCCAGCAAAAGGCACUUCUGUCUCUAUACCUUUUUCCCCUUAAUAUGAAAAAAACCCUAUUGCUGAUACGGCAAUAUGACUGCCCUUCGUGUUAUUGCAUAUAGGAAGCAAGAGCACCUUUGGCAGACAUUUAGCUUCACCCUCUGGAGCGGGAGGAACUGCAUAUCCAGAACUCCUGCGGUCCCAGCCCUAACGUGCUCUCUGUGUGAGGUACCCCGAGUGCGGUCAGAGCAAAGCCGUGGGGCAGAGCCCCAUCGCCAGCAUGGACUAGGCUGUAUCUGGUUUGUGAAAAAUCGUAAAGCCAGUUGACUGUGGUAUUCUGGGUUAUGGCAGCGUGUUCCACACGUGGUGUGGUGGAAGGGGCUUGCUGGCCACUUGCUGCCGAUGCCUGACUUGGAACAGUAAAACCACCCCUUCUCCCGGGCGGGGGAGGCGCAGCGUGCCGCCAUGCAGUGUGGCUCUUCUGCAGAAGGCACAUACAGGUACCGGAGCUCCUGGCACCGUGUUUUCAGUGCUGUUACUGCAGCGGCCGAGCCAGCCCCGUGAAUGAAACAAACUAUUCCAGUAAAAGCAUAGUGCUGUCGCCAGAACUGUGCUCGCAUGAAGGAAGGCGCUGCCUGUCAGAGAUCGCUGUCUUCGCCUUCCUGAGGGACACUUGGGCAAGCCCGUGGUGUAGAUGCGGCAAAGCAGCCCGCCCCGCGUCCCCACGUGUGCAGGAUGUGUUGGACAAGUCACCCAGCCACUGCCUUCGGGGUGAGUGCCAGGGGCAAGGUCUCACUGUCCUCAAAUAGGAGUGCUGUGAAGGAAAAGCAAACGCUUUCUCAUCAGCUUGAGCUCUGCGCUCAUGAGAGCCGUCAGCUGUUUUUCCUAGAUCUUCAUGUGAAUUAAAGGAACAAAGGUGGGCUUUUUGGGAGGAUGGGGCUUUUGGGCAGAAACCAGCCUCCAUGGAGCUUUGUGGAUUUGGGGAUGCGCUGUUCUGGGGCCUCUCACCAGGAGCCUCUGGUCCGACCUCGUUGUGCUCGCACAACAACAACGCGAGCGGAGCUCCCGUUCUGGUGGGCGCCCUUUCCGCGGUGGGGUUAAAGAGCUGGUCCCGGUGCGCACCGUUCCUGAGCACGCCCAGCCGCCCGUGUGCCCCCCUCCCGCAGCCAUCCUCUUUGCUCAAAGUAUUUUUGCAAAAAUAUAAUCUGAAAUAAGUUAUGAUUCUUCUGGUGGGAUUUGGAGGAGGAGGAGAGACAAAGUCUAAUGGCAUAUCGAUCUUUCUGUAUUAAACAUGGUGGUAUCAAGCCUGUUUUUAAAGGAGCUAUUGUAUAGAUUAAAAUUUUAUAUUGUUCCACAUAGCCUUAUAGAAUAUGUAAAUAUGGGUCACAAUAAAUAUAUUGUGCUAUAGAAAAUAUUUUGUACUACAUAGUUUCCUAAGUAAUAAAGAUAAUCUGGCUGUUGUGUAUUGUACUGUA